ACCAGGUGGUUCGUUGUUGUGGCAACGAAUAAUGGCCUCUGACAAGGAAAAGAACGAAAAUGAUUUUAAAAAGAGAUUUUCACCUUCUUUUGACUGUGAAGGAAUUCCUGCCUGUCUGGAAUGGACACCUAAAGAUGUGGCAGACUGGAUUGAAUAUCUAGGAUUUCCUCAAUAUAGGGAUUGUUUUUUAUCCAAUGGUGUAAAUGGACGAAAGCUUAUAACAGUCCAUGCUUCCUCUCUUCCUCGAAUUGGCAUCACUGAUUUUGAACACAUUAAGUUCAUUGCAAGAAAAGUGAGGGAGGUGACUGGUAUUGAAAAGCCUGACUGGAUGAGACCAAUAAGGCUUCAGCAUCGAGAGCGUCUUGGUUUGUUCCUAGAAAGAAGAGCUUUCACAGGUACUGAAAGUGAUGCUGAGAAAUUUCAGGAGUUCCAUCGACUCCUGGAUUUGAUGGAAGAACAUGGCCCUGCUCAAAGGAUUGUUGACGCACAAAUAAAGGAAAAUUGGACAAGCAAAAGAAGCAAAUAAUAUAUAUUGACAAAAAAACUUUGAUUGCUUAUUAUGAAAAUGAAAAAUAAUUGAUUAUUCAUUACCAACAAUGGAAUGUAUUUAUCAUUAUUUUAAGAAUUUACAAUUUGUUAUAUAAUUACAUUAAUCCAUUUAUUUUUAUAGUGUUAAUAUAAACCCUCUAAUUAUAUACUCUGUUGACUAAA